CUCUGCAAAGUACCUCCCCACACCUUUGCUGGGAGAUUCUAUUCUGCUGAGCUUCCUGCAGUGUCCUCUCUCCAGUCUCUCCACCCAGCCGGAGCCAUGAGAAUCGCUGUGAUCGGACAGAGUCUGUUUGGGAAAGAGGUCUACAAGGAGCUUCUAACGGAAGGACACCAAGUGGUGGGGGUAUUCACCAUCCCAGACAAAGAUGGCAAAGCCGAUCCAUUAGGAGCAGAAGCGGAAAAGGAUGGAGUGCCGGUAUUUAAGUUUACUCGCUGGAGGGUGAAGGGCCAGGCGCUCCCAGAAGUGGUGGAGAAGUACAAGUCGCUGGAGGCUGAGCUGAACGUGCUGCCCUUCUGCUCACAGUUUAUCCCCAUGGAAGUCAUCGAUGCCCCUAAGCACGGUUCUAUUAUCUAUCACCCCUCUAUCCUGCCACGACAUCGAGGGGCAUCAGCGAUUAACUGGACACUGAUGCAGGGGGACAAGACGGGGGGCUUCACCAUAUUCUGGGCCGAUGACGGGCUGGACACGGGAGACAUCCUGCUGCAGAAGGAGUGUGAGGUUCUUGUAGACGACACAGUGAAUUCCCUAUACAACAGAUUCCUCUUUCCGGAAGGAGUGAAAGGCAUGGUGGAAGCCGUGAGACUCAUUGCACAAGGCACAGCCCCAAGGAUCACUCAGCCAACAGAGGGCGCCACUUAUGACCCAAUACAGAAGAAAGAGAAUGCCAAGAUCAACUGGGACCAGUCCGCAGAAGACAUCCACAACUUUGUAAGGGGGAACGAUAAGGUGCCAGGAGCCUGGACAGAGGUCAACGGAACAAAACUGACAUUUUUCGGUUCGGCGCUCACUAGUAAUGGACCAAAUCCUGAUGGAGACCUUCUGGAGAUCCCUGGAGCAUCCAGGCCAGGUGUGGUGACCAAGAAUGGCCUGGUACUCUUUGGCAAUGAUGGAAACACGCAGUUUACGGUGAAGAACAUUAAGUUUGAAGACGGGAAGAUGAUUCCGGCGUCACAGUACUUCAGAUCGUCCGACAGCGCUAGCCUGCAGCUCUCACAGGAGGAACAGGCCAUCGCAACUGAGAUCCGGGCUGCAUGGAAACGCAUACUGACCAACGUCUCCGAGAUUGAGGACUCCACUGAUUUCUUCAAGGCUGGAGCAGCGUCUAUGGAUGUUGUGAGGCUAGUGGAAGAAGUGAAGCUGAAGUGCAAUGGGCUCCAACUGCAAAAUGAAGACGUAUACAUGGCCACCACAUUUGAGGAUUUCAUUCAGAUGCUCGUGAGGCGGCUGAGAGGGGAUGGAGAGGAGGAAAUAGUCAUAGACUAUGUGGAGAAGAGUGCUAACAACAUGACCAUCAAGAUGCCUCAUCAGCUUUUCAUUAACGGACAUUUCACAGAUGCUGAGGGUGGGAAAACCUACGACACCAUUAAUCCCACAGAUGGAAAUGCCAUCUGCAAAGUGUCUCUGGCCCAAGUGUCUGAUAUAGACAAAGCAGUGGCAGCGGCCAAGGAGGCAUUUGAGAAUGGGGAGUGGGGCAGGAUGAACCCAAGAGACCGGGGCCGUUUGCUGUACAGGCUGGCCGACCUCAUGGAAGAGCACCAGGAGGAGUUGGCCACCAUUGAGUCCAUAGACUCCGGUGCUGUGUACACAUUGGCUUUGAAGACCCACGUAGGGAUGUCCAUCCAAACAUUCCGAUACUUUGCCGGAUGGUGCGAUAAAAUCCAGGGCUCCACCAUCCCGAUUAACCAAGCCCGUCCAAAUCGAAAUUUGACCUUCACCAAGAGAGAACCAAUAGGGGUCUGUGGAAUUGUCAUACCGUGGAACUACCCACUUAUGAUGCUGGCAUGGAAAGCAGCGGCCUGUCUUGCUGCAGGUAACACGGUGGUGCUGAAACCAGCUCAGGUGACCCCGCUGACAGCCCUAAAGUUCGCAGAGCUAACCGUGAAAGCUGGAAUUCCGAAGGGAGUGGUCAACAUCCUGCCGGGAGCUGGAUCGCUCAUCGGACAACGGCUUUCUGACCACCCGGAUGUCAGGAAAAUCGGAUUCACAGGCUCCACCCCCAUAGGAAAACAUAUCAUGAAAAGCUGUGCUGUAAGCAAUGUGAAGAAGGUCUCGCUGGAACUGGGUGGGAAAUCUCCUCUGAUCAUCUUCCAGGACUGUGACCUGGAUAAGGCCGUGCGGAUGGGGAUGAGUGCGGUGUACUUCAACAAGGGGGAAAACUGCAUCGCUGCUGGGAGACUAUUUGUGGAGGACUCAAUUCAUGACGAGUUUGUGCGUAGAGUGGUGGAAGAAGUGAAGAAGAUGAAGAUCGGUGACCCUUUGGACAGGUCCACAGACCACGGACCUCAAAACCACAAGGCGCACUUAGAUAAACUAGUGGAGUAUUGCCAGACUGGAGUGAAGGAGGGGGCCACACUGGUAUACGGCGGACAGCAGCUUCCCAGACCCGGAUUUUUCUUUGAGCCAACGAUAUUCACAGAUGUCGCUGACGACACGUUUAUUGCUAAAGAAGAGUCCUUUGGGCCUGUGAUGAUUAUUUCCAAGUUUAAAGAUGGUGACAUUGACGGAGUUCUAAAGCGGGCCAACGACACAGAGUUUGGCCUGGCUUCCGGGGUCUUUACGAAGGACAUCGGCAAAGCUUUGUAUGUCAGCGAGAAGCUCCAGGCCGGAACGGUCUUCGUUAACACUUACAAUAAAACAGAUGUCGCCGCACCGUUUGGGGGCUUCAAACAGUCUGGGUUUGGAAAGGACUUGGGUGAGGAAGCGCUGAAUGAAUAUUUAAAGACCAAAGCUGUAACUAUCGAAUACUAGAAUAUUAUAUAUGGAAUCAUUGCAACACAACUGACUGGGACUGAUGGCAAAUUAUUACCUUUGUCAUAGAAUCCUAUCACCCGAUGGAGUUCUCAUAGCAUCUGCUCCUAACGGUCUUCAGAUUAAACGCCCUCCUAGUUUUGACUACAGGAUCCAUCUGUGUCUGACCUGUCCUAGUCUAAUCUCUAUUAGUUUUAUUUUUGUUUGACUGUUGUUUAAAAUGAAUGAAUAAACCACAGGGAAUCUAGACCAAUAUUCAGGAAAUGAUAGGAAUUGUAUAUAGAAUGUAGAGAAGUAAUUAUAGUGCCUUACCAGAAACCAACCACUGAAUGCAGAUGAGUGUAACGGUUCCAUGUGGCCACGGAGGAAGGGGGGUGAACGUAUAUGGAGGGCUACGUACCUGAUCCCUGAAGCAAGACAUUCUCCAUUUUUUUUAUAUUUUUUUAUACAUCUCUGCAGAUUCAGAUACCUUUUGCUAAUGAGUGUAUCUAAUCCACAAUAUAAAUAGAAACUUGUAUUGGCAAAGUAGACCCUUGUGCGUCUAUUACUGUACAUGUAAAUCAGACAACCAAUAUGAUCCCAAUGAUUGAGAAACACUGAUGCUAUUUUCUUGAUUGAGCUGCAGCCGCUCGGAUUAUACUAGACCUUCUAUCCCGUGGGAGCGGAUAGGAGCGGAGAGCUUAGCAUCAGUUUCACUGAUGCAGAAUUGAACUCAAUUGGCUGUAGAUCACCUAGCAUCGUGUAUACAGACCUAAAUGUACACUUGCCUGUACUGUACGCAGUAGUGUUAUGAAUCUGUGCGAGCGGACCACCAGCCCCCCCCCCCCGGAGUUUAGAUUGUGGGCGCCCCUUGCAGGAGAACUCUUCAAAGUGACGCAAUGUAGCUAGUUCCGUACAACUUGUUUUAUUGUAAACAAAUAGCAUCAGAUUUAAAUACAAAUAAAACGUUUUCCUUAUAAA